AACCCUAGUUCGCAGAGCCGUCUUCUUCUCCUCCCACUCCUCAAGCGGCUAUCAGCUCCCGGGUUUCUCUCUCGCUCUCCCUCUCUCUGCUUCAACCAUGGCUACUGCUAGAACUGUCAAGGACGUCUCGCCUCAUGAGUUCGUGAAGGCUUAUUCUGCUCAUCUCAAGCGAUCUGGCAAGAUGGAGCUUCCCGAGUGGACAGAUAUUGUGAAGACUGCAAGAUUCAAGGAGCUGGCUCCAUAUGAUCCUGAUUGGUACUAUGUCAGGGCUGCCUCCAUGGCUAGGAAGAUCUACUUGAGAGGGGGUCUUGGUGUUGGUUCUUUCCAGCGGAUCUAUGGUGGGAGCCAGAGGAAUGGUAGCCGUCCCCCUCAUUUCUGCAAGAGCAGUGGUGCUAUUGCUCGUCACAUUCUUCAGCAGUUGCAGAGCAUGAACAUCAUUGAAAUCGAUGCCAAGGGUGGCAGGAAAAUCACUUCAAAUGGUCAGAGGGAUCUUGACCAAGUGGCUGGAAGGAUUGUGGUGGCCCCUUGAUCUGUGAAUUGUUGAGGACUAUCCUAGCAAAAUACAUUUAGGGUUUGAGUUUUUCCUCGGAGAUAGAUGUGUUUAAAUGUGAUGGGCAAAUUUUGGCUUUAGUUAUUGAAUGUUUCUUAAAAAGGACAUACUUCAUGCUAUGUUGUUGAGUCCGUUAUAUGAUACUAUUGCUUUUCUCUUUUUUAAAUUUAUUUUUGAACCGAGGUGUCA